AUGGCAUCCGUUCAGGGCCUAAUCAAAAUCGUCGCAAUCACUGGCGGUGUGUGGUUAUCCGGAAAAAUUACAGCACACAGCCUGGUCUCUGUGCCUGCUCUUCUUCAAACCAGGUCGGCAGAUGGUCUCUCCCCCUGCACGAUUCUCCGAGUAUGGCGACGAAUCUAUGAGCAGGGACACAGACAUAGCCCGCAGAUUGCCGCGUGUACCUCAACAGCCUUUGCCUACCUAGCAUGGUGUGCUUCCGAUCGCACGCCGAGGCUGCUGUACGGCACCGCUGCGUGUUCAGUCAUGGGGAUUGUGCCCUAUACACUCUUGUUCAUGGGCCCGACCAAUUCUCGGCUGCUCGAACGAUCGGCAGCAGAGGAGGAAAAGGUCCCGGGCGCCACUCGGGGGGAGGAUAUGGUGAAUGUACCUAGUGAAAUGACUACGGAGGAGCUGCUCAGUCACUGGAGGUUUCUGGCCGGGAUUCGGGGCUUGUUGCCACUAGCUGGAGGGAUUCUUGGCUUGUUCGCAGCAUUAUAUUCGAACGAGGGAGCUCGCUAG